AUGUUCGGGGGAUUCGGUUUCUACAUCGUCCUUGAGCGGUCGUCGCAGAUCGCAUUAAAUCUCAAGGAGACCGACAUACGCCAACUAAACAAUGGGACCGUUGUGAUCCUUGGAAAAAAGGUCCCGCCACGAAACGUGGGUGGUGUAGACUUUGUCGUCCACCCAUCCAUUGUCCAUCUCGUCGGCUCAUACGCCAACAUUUCCACACGCAUAGCCGUCCUCCGUCUUCGACUGUCCCAUCAUAAGAAGAUCACUAUCAUCAAUUGCUACUCACUGACCGACGCAGCUGAUGAGUACGAAUUAAAUGCGUUCUACUAUCAGUUGGAGGAAGUCAUCCGCGAUAAUGAAGGAUAUCAUAAAUUUGUUGUUGGAGACUUCAACGCCAGAAUAGGAAAGACCAACGAGAGCGAAUACAGGAGCGUAAAUUUGGGAAUAGGAGAAAGAAAUGAGAAUGGGAACCGUCUCUCAGGACUGCUUUCAGCAGCACGUCUCUUCCAUGGAAACUCGUUUUUCCAGAAGAAAGAAAGCCGCCGCUGGACAUGGGAGUCUUCCAACGACAUAACUCAUGCUGAGAUCGACCGUAUUCUGACAAACAGAAAAUGGUGCUUACUUGAGAAAUCGGUAGGCUCAUCAUUCUGUACUGCUUCCGAUCACCGCCUUCUGAAGAUUCGAUUCAGCCGCAAGCGGGAAAAGAACUCUCUUCAUCGACCACGAGAAAAAAGUCUAGCUGUGUACGACGAGAACAUUCUGAACGAAGUCCUCUCCAAGCGUGACUAG